AUGGCCACCGAAGCGUCGUGGUCGAGCGACGAGUGGCGGACCAAGCUACUGCACUGCUGCGGCUCGCACCGAUGGGUGGAGCUCAUGCUCGCCCAGCGACCGCCAGGAGCCGACGCCCAGCUCGAGCGCGCCGACUGGCUCGAAGCCUUUGCGGCGCAUCCCGAGAUCGGCACGAAGACGCAGACGAUCUCGACGUGGGAGGCGCAGGAACAGAGCGGGGCAGCGCAAGCCGCGGCCUCGACGCUGGACGAGCUCAGCGCGUGCAACCAAGCGUACAAGGCCAAGUUUGGCUACAUCUACAUCGUCUGCGCGACGGGCAAGUCGGCGGGCGAGAUGCUGGCCAUCGUGCAGACGCGUCUGCGCCACGCGCCCGCGUCCGAGCUCGUUGUCGCGGCCCAGGAGCAGGCCAAGAUCACACAGAUCCGACUCACCAAGCUGGUCGCCGAGACGUAA